AAUUCUAGAUCUGUCAGAAUAUCCUUGAUGGAGGAUGGACCGUUCGCAGGCCUUAUCCUGAGCUAAUGGGGCCGUACGCUUUCAAAGGCGAUCAGUGGUUGAACUUUGAUGAUGCAGAAAUGAUUAUUCAAAAGGCAAAGUUUAUCUUAAAGCGAGGACUUGGUGGUGCUAUGGUGUGGACCCUCGACAACGACGACUUUCGAGGUAUCUGUGGUGUUGAACAGAACCCACUUGUGAAUGCGCUUCGCAAGACUUUAUUUUCCAAUAGUAUUGAAAGCUCUUCUAAGAAAAUAUUUGCUCGGGAGGAGAAUGGCGGUGAUGACCAAGUGUAUAGACCACCAAUAGCAGAUAAUGAAGAAAGACCCAACAGACCUAACAUUCAACGUCACGAAGUUAUUCAACCUCACCCAACUACGGAAUCUCCUAAACUUAGGAAUCCUAUUUCAACUCCAACCCCACCUCCGACAACUGAUCCUGUUACCCCCUUUACCUGUACAGAUGAAGGCUUUUAUAGCAACAAACAGGACUGUAGAAAGUAUUUCUGGUGUCUAGAUAGUGGGCCAGCAGAGCUAGGUAUUGUACCUCAUGCAUUUACUUGCCCAUCAGGCCUAUAUUUUAGUAGUAAAAUGGAGGCGUGUGAUUAUCCGGAAAAUGUGGUGUGUGAUAGUCAUCCUGUAUCACCAGUUCUAUCUACUCCUAUCUCAGUUGGACAAACCACACCACAACCGGUCAUUACAACAACAGAACCACCGAGAAACGUUGAGAAUGAAGAUGGAAACACACUAAAUAACUUUCAGCCUGGUAAAACUAAUAGCAGAAAUCUUGCAGACCUCUUGCGCCUACUUCAGUCUAUUGGAGGAGUGGACCGUCUACAAAAUAUCCUUGGAUCUGAAUCUACGAAAAAAGUUACAACAAAUAAUCUUAGUAGGAAGCAAACACAACAGUCCAUCAAUCAUCAAGUAUUGCCAGAGUAUAUCACAACCCAAAAACCUGAUAGAACAGAGGUCACAACAGAACAGUUUAGACCUUCUAUCACCGAACCUCCUACAACUUCAACAACGCCGUCAUCAACAACAUAUGCUCCUCUACGUUACCAACGUACAUUCUCUCCACCUCUAUAUAGACCGGCAAUACUAGAAGAACAACACAAAACAGCCUACCAGCCAGUAGACCAAUUAAACAAUCAGGUUCCUCGUCGACUUCAGUAUGAAGCACUGGAAAAUUCUGAUAAAGUAUUUAAGUAUGCAGAGCCCAAACAGCAGAAACAACAGAAUAUAGAUAGUAAUUAUCACGUUAACAAAAAGGCUGAUUUAUCUGCCGUUUACCAUACUUCUGCUAGAACUCCAGAAUCGGAAGUUAGAGAACUGCCUAGUACCCAAGCUGCAUCUUCAGAAAAAGGAAAUCAGUCUUUGGUCAGUGAUCCAUUCAUAUAUCAGACUUCUUUUUAUGAUGAAGAUCUGACCAUAACAGAAAUCCCAGUUCUUUCCACGCAGGGACCUAAAGAAGAAUCAAAAUUUUACUUGGUUCCAGUCCGUAUAAAGGAUGGUAAAGUUGUUCGUAUUCGUGGCCAAACUGGCCAAGGUAGGAGAACCAGAAUACGCGUUCGAUCUAGACCAAUUGCUAUUCGAACACAAGAAUUGGACAACCUCAGUGAAGAUGCUUUACACAAACGAAGACUUGAAGUUCGCCGAAGACCUGUAUUUGCCAAUAAUUAUGAAGACGCUGGAUCUAUGGGCAUUAUGCGAUUAGCCGAUGAACAGAAACUGAUAAAAGAAACGGAAAACGAAAGAGAUUAUGAAUAUGUGGCAGUCCCAAGGAAUCGACAAGGACGAGCAAGAAAUAAACCACCUAAAACAACAACAGUUCGUAUUACGACUACAACAACUACUGAUGAGCCUACAACAACAACAACCCAACCUCCGACAACUCCAAGACAAUAUUUCCGUCGUUAUAGGUUACCUAUUUACCAACCUCCGCUUCAGGAAAGACAAAAACACGAAGAUCCCUCAAAUACCCUCGAUAUCACCCCACUAGAUGUAGAACAGACCAGUUCCCGACUGUCAAGCAUUAAUCGAACAUAUCUUCGCACAACAAUUUCUCCACCAUCCCAGUCAACUUCAACUACAAGCACCACUACAACUACAACACCUAGACCAUCUACUCGAUCAAUUACAACUACAAGCACCACUAUAGCUACAACAACUAAAACAUCUAGACCAAUCAAGCGACGCAGAACUACAACUACCACCACAACAACGACGCCCGAGCUAGUUGGGCCAUCAGUAAUUGCUAAUGGAGAAGACAUUGAAUGUCUACAGCGCGGCCUUUUCCGUCACCCGCAUGACUGUGGCAGGUUCGUGGUUUGUGCACCAUCCGACACAGAAGGCUAUUUCCGCAGCUUUGUCCAUAAAUGUCCAGCUGAUCGAAUCUUUAUGGAAGAAAUCGGAAGAUGCACAUUCGGCGACAAAGAUAACUGCCAAGCCGUCAAAUAGUUUUAAUACGUAACGUUAAUGUUUUGAAUAGUUUGAACUUAAAUUUAUCAUGCCACCUGAACUAUUGUCAAUUUUGUGCUGUUAUAAAAGUAAUUUCAUCAGUAUGUAAUAGUUACAUGAUUAUAUAUAUAUAUAUUAUCUAGACGUUUCAAAAUGUGUACUAAAGACAGCGACGGGCUCGAACUCUAUUUAUAUAUGAUUGAAUUUAUCAGAAUUUAAUAUAAAGAUAGAAUAAAAUAGUUUUGGGAGACUUUUAAAACAUUUCCCAGUUAAAACAAUGAAUAAAGAUAAUAAAGGUAACUAGAAAUAAGUUCUUACAGCACUCAAAAUAUUAUAGGCAAAAUACCUAGGUAACAACAAGUCAUGAGUCAAGAAAUAUGUAGAAGUAUAUCAAGAAAUGUUAGUAUUUUGUGAAGUCUUCUACAGUGUGGUAAUUUUGUCACUAGAGAGCAAAGGCAUUUAAAUAUGAAGUUAUUAAAACACAACUUGUGAUUUUUGCCCAUGCACAAUUAAUAUAUUCAACCUUUUACGUGUAAUGCUAUUUCAAAACAAUGUAAAAUGUAUUGAGUUUUGUGUGACAUUUUUUAAUAUCCAUAUAAAUUUGAGCUUCUAAUAGUUUUAAAAUGAAAAAUAUUGUAUGAUUGAAACUCAAUAACAAUAAUUCGAUACUUAAAUUUUCAAACACAUGUAUAUAUAUAUAGGGAGAGGCACGUGUAUAACACAUAGCUAAAUGCUUGAGGAGUAAGCUCACAGAUGAAAUAAAGUUGUUGUUAUAUGUUUAGUUUAAUCUUAAACACAAACUCUCUUUAUAUAAUUGGGUGCAUUAUAUAUUCUGUAGAAAUCAAUGGCCAAUAAAAUCACGAUAG